UUUGCUCGUGCUCUGUAGCACUUUCGAAAUUUAUGUGAAGAUUGAAUACAAGUGACAAAGUAUCUGAGUGAUAACUUGAACAUCUUCACAAGUUGUUUUUUCUGUCUUUGUGUGCAUUUUAUUUCCCUCCCUGUCGGUAACACAGGUUGGGUGCUUUAUGGUGGGGUGGGUUAAAGUUUAAUGACUUUGUGAUAGUUACAUAUUGAGAACCACAGCGAGCCUAUUACCUAUCAACUGCUGCAGAUCGAGGCAAACGCACACAGCAAGCAGCCUGUUGCUGAGGCCCCCUGAGAGAAAUCAAGACAUUAAAUUAAUUAUUUAUUGUUCCUGAAAUAUAAUAAUGGCCAAGAAGACAAUAAUUGUGGCCCUGACGAUGCUGCUUUUGGCAGCAGUCGCCACUUUUGUGGGUGUCUUCUUUGGUGUGGGGCGGAGGAGGCAAAACGUGUAUGUGAAGGCAGCUGUGGCAGCAGAUGCUGGGCCAUGCUCAGAGGUCGGCAGAGACAUACUAUUGAAAGGGGGAUCUGCAGUAGAUGCCUCUAUAGCUGCUUUAUUGUGUGUUGGACUUAUGAACGCUCACAGUAUGGGCAUCGGAGGAGGACUUUUCUUCACCAUCUACAACGCAGCGACUGGUAAAGUUGAGACCAUUGAUGCAAGGGAGACUGCGCCACGCAAUGCAACGGAGAACAUGUUUGGGAACAGCACAGAUUUAUCCCAGAGAGGAGGGUUGUCUAUUGCUGUACCAGGGGAGAUUCGAGGUUAUGAGAUGGCACACAAACGACAUGGUAAACUGCCUUGGAAAGACUUGUUCCAGCCAAGCAUUGAUCUUGCAGAAAAAGGUUUUCCUUUGGGCAGGGCACUUGCUUCUGCUCUGUCCAGACACAAAGCUACCAUCAUCAGUGACCAAGCUCUAUGUGAAGUGUUCUGUGGGAAAAACGGUGACGUCCUAAAAGAAAAUGAAACCAUUAAAUUUACCGAGCUUGCGGAAACCUAUAGGAAAAUAGCUGAAGAGGGUCCGAAUGCUUUCUAUGAGGGACAACUAGCUCAGAACCUUGUGACAGAUAUUCAGGCAGCAGGCGGUAUCAUCACAAUGGAGGAUCUGAAGGAUUAUGUGCCUGUCUUGGAUGAGAACCCUUUAAGGGUGAAUGUGGGGGAGUACACCAUGGCUGUUCCCAAUGCCCCCGCUAGCGGCCCUGUGCUCUCGCUGAUAUUAAACAUCUUGAAUGGGUACAGCUUGACGUCAGAUAGUAUGGAGAGCACAGAGAAUAAGAUCCUAACCUACCAUCGCAUUGUGGAGGCCUUUCGCUUUGCCUAUGCAAAGAGGACCUUACUUGGAGAUCCAAAGUUUCUGAACAUUUCAGAUCUCAUCCAGAAUAUGACUUCAAGUUACUAUGCUGAUGAGCUCCGUACAAAGAUCACGGAUGAAACCACACAUCACAUGAACUACUACGAGCCAGAGUUUUACCUUCCUGAAAACCACGGGACCUCACAUCUGUCCGUAGUAGCAGAAGAUGGAAGCGCUGUGGCAGCCACCAGCACCAUCAACCAAUAUUUGGGCUCCAAAGUCAUGUCAAGAUCAACUGGGAUAAUUCUCAACAAUGAGAUGGAUGACUUCAGCUCCCCACACAUCACAAACGGCUUUGGAGUGCCUCCUUCACCGAACAACUUCAUCAGGCCAGGGAAAAGGCCAAUGUCUUCAAUGUGUCCAACCAUCCUCUUUGAUAAAAACAACAAAGUUAAGAUGGUGGUUGGAGGCUCAGGAGGAACAAAAAUCACAACUUCCAUUGCACAGGUGAUUCUGAAUGCACUGUUCUUCAACUAUGAUCUGAAAAAAGCCGUUUCAGAUCCAAGGCUUCACAACCAGCUGAGUCCAAACACCACUGUAGCCGAGCCUGACUUUGACAAAAACGUCAUGGAUGGUUUGGCUUCAAAGAACCACGAGACAGAGUUUCUCAAAUCAACAGGGGCCGUGGUGCAAGCGGUGGUUCGUCAUGAUGACGGACUUCACGCUCAGUCAGAUCCGCGCAAAUGGGCGUAUGCUGCAGUGUACUAAGACCAUAAACACACUUCUGAUUAUGCAGAGAGACUGUAGCGGCGUGAACCUUGACUCCAGUGGUACGAGCUGAGAGAUUAGAGAUUUACUAAGGAACCAGGAACCAGUGUCAGCUGUCUUGGGCGCCAGCUGUUCUCUCAUUACAUUAGAAUAAUGUUCAUGUACUUCAUAGCAACUCAGAUAACACAACAUGGACCUAUUGCUUAUGAACUUGACAACAAAGUGCCUCAGUGUGAAAGGACUUCUGACUCUGUAUGUCUGCUGUAUUUCUGUGUCAUCUCAUUUUUAUGUGAAAAAUAAGGAGAAGUAAGGAAUGCAGCAGCCAUAGGAUAUUAUUUAAGAUUAAAAGUAUAGCCUUACUGUCAUUCAGGCUUUUUUAAAAGUUGAAACUGAAAUAAGAAAAUAGAGAUACCUGUAAAUGUUGAAAUCAUUACUCACUACAGAAACAGUGAUUUGUUUACACUGUGUCAGUCUUAAUGUGUCUGAUUUCUACCUAUUUAUGAAGCACUUUUAUAAAUCAUCAGCUGUGUGAAGCUGUUUUCUGUUAUUGCUGCCCAUUAAAUACAUGAUAUGUGACUUCUACAAUAA